AUGGCUUUGUCUUCUCCCAAUGAUGCCACAGCUACUAAGCUAGAAGAACCGGUCGAUACUACCCACCCUCGAGAUGCGAACAGCACUGAGGGGCCAGAGACGAAUUCAACGUCCAUGCACGGAUUCAAGCUCUAUGCCAUUUUCAUAGGUAUAUGCUUCGGCGCGUUCCUGAUGUCCUUGGAUAUUUUCGUCAUCGCAACAGCCAUUCCAUCCAUCACGGCCGACUUCAAGGAUACCGCACAGCUGGCCUGGUAUCCGGCUGCGUAUUCACUCACGACAUGCGCGUUGACUCCGCUAGCAGGAAAGUUGAGCUCAAUAUUUCCCCUCCGCUGGGUCUACAUCACGUUCUUUUCCAUUUUCAUGGUUGGCAGCCUGAUCUGCGGGUUGGCUCCAAAUAGUAACGCCUUUAUUGUCGGCCGUGCAGUCGCAGGCAUCGGGGCAUCUGGUGUCGCCAGUGGUGGGUUUGUUAUUGUCCUUACUGUUGCUUCCAAGAAAUCCAAACCUCUAUUGGUGGGCAUCUGCGCCAGUUGCUUUGCGAUGGGUCUCAUCCUAGCGCCCAUUAUCGGUGGUGCCUUUACGGAGAAGGCUACAUGGCGGUGGUGUUUUUGGAUCAAUCUUCUUCCAGGUGCUCUGACGUUGCUCUCUAUGCUCUUCUUCUUCAACCCCCCAUCCAUACAGCGUGAUCAGACGGCUGUGCAGCGGAUCAAAAGCCUAGAUCUCGUUGGAUGUGCGAUAUUCGUUCCAGCGAUUUUCAUGCUGCUUCUUGCUAUGAUGUGGGGCGGCACAGAAAAAGAUUGGAACUCGGCGACAAUCAUCGGUCUUUUCGUGGGCUCGGGCGUGAUGCUCAUUCUCUUUGCUUGCUGGGAACGCUAUCAAGGUGACGGCGCUAUGAUACCGGGUAAUCUCCUCGCUAGACGGACAGUCACCUUCAGUGUACUAUUUUCGUUCUGCCAUUUCGGUUCUCUAGGUAUCGUGAACUACUACAUGCCUGAAUGGUUUCAAGCCGUACAAGGCGCCACUCCGUUGGAAAGUGGGACGCGCAUUUUACCUGCUGUUCUAUCUCAAAUAGUGGGAACGCUGACUGCUGCCUUUCUAUCGCCGAGAAUAACCUAUUACAAUCCUUGGCUUUACAUCGGACCUCUCUUCAUGUGCACUGCCGCAGCAUUAUACACCCAGUUCUCGACUUUCAACACACCAUCCAGCCACUGGAUCGGUUUCCAGGUGAUCCAGGGUCUCGGGAUCGGCAUGGCACAGCAAAUGCCCCCUCUCAUAGUUCAGCGAGCAGUUAGCGAUAAGCCGGAUCUCAUGCCCGUUGCCGUCUCUCUCAAUCUAUUCUUCCAGUACCUGGGUGCCACAGUCACACAAGUCCUUGGAGGGAUCGUGUUCCGCUCGAUCCUGAACCAAGAACUGGCCCAUCAUGCUGGUCUGAAUGCCGAACAGAUGGCUUUGUUAUCUGCCGCUGGAACUGCGUAUGUGCGGGAAACUGCCGAGCAGAAUUUCCCUAAAUUGUUGCGUGUGGUUUUGGAAGCUUACAACACGGCUAUUACUUCAACAUUCUUUGUUGCGGUUGCUACCACGGCCACAGCAUUUUUCCUGGCUUUCGGAGUUAAGUGGAUGAAAAUCCAGGAGGGAAAGAAGACUGAGUCGGAAGAGAACGGACAUGAACAGCAGUCGAAAUCUGCCAAGUCUGCUCUAUAG